AUGGCGGCCUUCGUUCUACUGCGGCAAGGGCGAGCCGGGGCGCUGAAGACUCUGCUUCUAGACGGACAAGUGUUUCGAGGUCUCACGUCUACAGCUGCUCUCUCUGCAGAAUCAGGAAAGAGUGACAAGGGAGUGCCACCAAAUUCCAAGAAGCAAAGUCCACCCAAAAAUGUAGUGGACCCAAAAGAGAGGGGCAAGCUACUAACCACUCCAACAGCAGCUGAAUUGUCUAAAAACUUAACUUCACCCAGUUCCUCCUCAUCAGUUGUGAAUCAAGGUGGGACGGUAGCUAGCCCUAACCCUGGUGACAACGUGCAAUUUACAGAUGACAGGGUUGCAAAGUUUUCAUCAAGAAAGACUUUGGUAGAGUUUCCUGCAAAAGUUCCAUCUUCAUUCAGAAAACAGGGCUCCGAUUCAGAAGCUCUUCAGAAGAGCAAGAGAGUGAUGGACAGUUCAUCUUCAUCGUCAUCUUCAUCCAGCUCCUCUGAUUCAGAAUCUGAUGAGGAGAAAGAUGGCUCAGCAGUUGGUUCUCAACUGGUGAGCAAAGGCAAAGGAAUGGUUUCAAAACCAGAGGCCUCCCCUUCCUUUGAGAAUAGAGCCUCCAAAGUUUCAGUAUCGGCAAAAGAGAAAACCAGAUCACCGCAGCCACUACUGGACCUCCCCUUGCCGGAAAAGCCCCGUCAGGCAAUGAAAGGGACCUCCUUUAUGCCAUUAAAGGACAAGAAAGAUGAAGCAAAACCCACAGUACCCAAGUCACAAGGAGGUGAAGAGUUUAUGAAGCAAAAUGUAAAGGAAGAAAAACUGCAGAAAAUAGUUAGCUCGAAUAAAAUAGAUGAAAGCCAAAAGCCGUUUGUAGGUAAAAAGAUUCCAUCUGACCUUACGAAAUCAGGGUUAUCUGUACAACCGAGUGGUCGCCCGGUGCCCACUCCAUGGACAGAAGAACCCACCGCAGGAAGACGGCUGCAAGCAGCCCCUCCUGAGACCAGAGGAGGAAGCUUAGGAAAACAAGUCCCAGAGCCUGGCGGGGAGGUGCCCUUUUUCCCAUCCAAAAAGGAAGGUUUGGGGAAGCAGGCGAUGGAAGGACCCUCAAAGGCUGACAAAGAGAUGUUGGAAGAUCGGGUACCAAUGAAAAAUUUGAAGCCAGUUCCUGUUCCUAAUAAAGACAUUCUCCAUGCAAAGACAACAGUACUAAAGCUUGAGGCAAAGGGUGAAACCAUGGAAGACCCAGCAACCCAAGUGGGAGACCAGCAGGCCGCACAGGAGCCUGCACCAGCCGCCGCCCCUGCCGCAGAUCCUCCUGAGCCGUUUGACAACACCACCUACAAGAACCUCCAGCAUCAUGACUACAACGUGUACACCUUCUUAGAUGUGAACCUGGACCUCUCAAACCGGAGGUUGCCUCAGCCUUCUUCCGGCCGGGAGUCACCUCGCCACUGA